AUGUUCGCCUUCGCCGAUCAAGAGACUGUGCGAAACGUCGUCUAUCAGCUUCCACGUGUAGGAGUUGGGGUGAAGUAUGGUCUGCCUCAAAGUCGAAAGACGAGCUUGAUGACCCCACGACAGCUGUUCAAGCAUUCGGACAUGUGUCUGAAAUGGCAGAAGCGCGAGAUCUCCAACUUUGACUACUUGAUGUUCUUGAAUACGGUGGCUGGCCGGACAUUUAACGAUCUGAAUCAAUAUCCAGUGUUUCCAUGGAUUCUAACAAAUUAUUCGGCGGAACAGCUUGAUCUCAACGUUGCCGCCAAUUUCAGGGACUUGUCAAAGCCUAUCGGCGCGUUGUCCGAGUCUCGUCGGAAGUACUUCCAAGAGCGCUAUACGUCAUGGGAAGACGAGGCGAUUCCGGCGUUCCACUACGGAACGCAUUACUCAACGCAAGCAUUCACCCUGAAUUGGCUAAUGAGAGUGGAGCCGUUCACUACAAUGUUCCUCGAUAUGCAAAACGGCCGAUUCGAUCAUCCAGAUCGAGUUUUUCACAGCAUCGCCGAAACAUGGGACCAUUGUCAGAAAGAUUCUCAUGAUGUCAAGGAGCUGAUACCAGAACUGUUCUACUUACCGGAAAUGUUGCGGAAUAACAACGGAUUUGAUUUGGGCCAGAGAUCAGAUGGAGUGAAGGAGUUCGUUCUACUUCACCGACAAGCUCUUGAAAGUGACCUGGUGAGCUGUCAGCUGAAUCAGUGGAUCGACCUCAUCUUUGGUUAUAAGCAGAAGGGCCCUGAGGCAGUUCGUGCUACGAACGUCUUCUACUACCUCACCUACGAAGGUGCCGUCUGCCUGAAGUCUAUCGAGAGUGCCACCCAGCUUGAAGCUAUUCAACAACAAAUCACCUCUUUUGGUCAGACCCCUGUCCAGCUGUUGGCCGAAGCCCAUCCACCGCGGCAUUCCGUGAUGACUAUGGCUCCACUGAUGUUCCGUCGCUGUGAGGACGAUUUGUGCAUGUUGAUGAAAUUCAUCUCUAACAGCCCUGUCAUCUUUUUGGCUGCCAACACUUUCCAGCAACUUCCACAACCUACCGUUGUCUCCGUCGCCCAAAACCUUGUUUUCGCUCUGAAUCGAUGGGAUAACUCGUACACA